AUGGAGCAAAACGAAAAGCUGAAGACCCUGACCCUGGCUAAGAUUUUGGAAAGGCUCAACCUAAAGGACACAAGACACCCAGGUGAAGAUGAAAUCCAGAAUCAAGGGGAUCAGAUACGUGGAAAUCCUACGACUGUAAGGCAUUGGAUCGAGACAUCGGUAAGAAACGGCAUGAAUGACAGUGCUCCUCUCGCAUUCAUGGGCCCAUUUGGCGGUGACGGCGCUGCUCCUGCGAGCAUUCCUGCUGGGAGAGCUCCAAGUAGCCAGGCGCCGAUACCUCCCCGUCCCAGCCUGAGACCUUCUUCACCUUCACAACUCCGCCCCGGUACGUUUCCCAUACUCCUUGGCCGGGUCGAAUUCUCGCUGAUCAAACUUAGCGAGCCCAGCGGUCUCAUGCCCCAACAUCCAAUCUACAACUUCAUCUCAUCAGACGAUACCGCCAUCCCUUCUGCGACAUUCUUUUCCAAAAUCCAUUACUUCAAGUCCCGUCGGCCCGAUCGGGGUCCCCCAGCACUCGGUGAUGAAUUUCUCAUCUCCGCAGCACUCGUCGCCCCCAGUGGCCGUCCGGUGCAGAACCCGAUGGUGGCAGCGCUUUCGUCCGGGCAGCAAGCCCCUUUGAAGGCGCGACUCCAAAUGGACAAGAACCGAAGAGCCUCAGUCGUUAAGAUGACCAGCCGGGAGAAGCUUCUGAAGUCGAGCAGCCCCCUGAUCCCCUCUGCCCUCCGAAGUGUCAAAUUCCCACCUCCGUCGCUCGAGAGCACCACCGACGAGUCGAGCAGCGAUGAGCUCAUCAUUACAAACCGCGGCCAUUCGAGCAGCCAAGUUCAUCAGACUCAGAGCAGCAUGAGAAUGAAUAUCGAUUCCUCGUUCAGCCACCUGGCUCCUCCCAUGUCUCCGAACGAACUCUUCAACGCAUUCUCAUCCAUGAACACAUUCGCAGCCAACAACCCGCCUCCUUCCUUGCCCCCGAACGACCUGCUCGCGAACCCGGGCCCGGCUUGGAACUUGGACCUGCUCCAGAGCCCUCAACUCGGGCACAUCCUGCCACCUCCAGCGGAGAUCGCAGUCAGAGUCGGCAACGCGCGCACCCUCGCUCACAACGGCUACCGCGGCCCCUUCGAUAUCGGCCGCCUCACCUGCCUCAUUGAUCCGUACACUGGCGAGCCCAACCCUAUCGCCGAGACACGCCCCGAUGCCCACGGCAACAUGGUCACGUACGACAUCCACACCAACGAAGCCAUUCUCGACGUCGAGCCCUGCGAGACUGGCACCGCCCAGUGGGGCAGGAAGGGCGAGUUCACUGGCUUUGUAGAGUCGAGCGCCGCUUCGUGGGUGCUUGGUCCCGGAUAG